UAAAAUUUAAAAUUAAGUUUUGACAAAUAAUUAGCAUUAUCUAAUAAAUUUUUAUUAUAAUUUAACAAAAAUUAUCAAUAUUAAUAUUUUGUUUUUAAUAUGGUUAUUAAAGAUGAAGAAAUCAAUUAACAAGAGAAAAAAGCUCAAAAACAAAAAGAUGGUAAGCUUGAAUAAAGCAUUGGCAAAUCAAGACAAGAUUCAAAAGGAUAGUUUAAAGAAAAUAUGAUGCGCUUUUUGUUUAUAUUUAUGCCAUAUACACUUAUGCUCUUAGUAAUAGCCAUUGCUUACUCUGUUUCAAUGAAGUUUAUUUAUAUCUAAAAUAUGUAAAAUAAUUUAUAAAGUACUAUGCUCAAUUAUUUUAGAGAUUACCUCAAAUACAUAAAUUAAUCUGAAUAAUUGAAGGUUUCAAUUGGAUUCUAAAGGAUAUCAUCUUAAACCCAAACGAUUGGGUCAUUUAUAAGAAAGAUUUAAUCAAAGAUUAGCUACAAUGACUUCAUUAUUGACUAAAAUUUAAUAUCCACUCAGUAUUCUGAUAAAAAGUGGAAUUUUUUAACUUCAAACGACUUCAACAUAGAUGAUAUUUGUCAAGCCUAAGAUUAUUUGACCUAAAUGUAGAAUUAAAAUUAACAGAGCGACUAUAAUUAUUUAAAUCAGUAGUAUUUUACUUGGGGAAACCCUUAGGUAGGGUACUGGAGUGAAUUAAGUGAUACUCAAAAGCAGUUUAUUAUCUCUUAAAUGGCUAUUUUGUAAUCUUUAUCUCCUGCUUACCUCUUAAACUAGAAGUAUGAAGAAAUAAAAACUAUGGCUUAUUAUUUGGUAAAUGGGAAAGAUGGAAUGAGUGUAACAACUACUUUAGUGCCAAGGCUUUUAUCAGAUAAUUAUUGGAAUCAACCAUAAUUUGGAAGCCCUUUUUCCUGCCAAAUCAAUCAGAACGGUAAGAGAAGAGGAUACUUGUUUAAUAGCACAUCUUAAUUUAAUGGUUUUUAAUACAUGAACCCAAAUUAUACUUAUUGCUUUAACCCUUAAGAUCCAAAGAGCUAAAAUAAUUGCAUGUGUGAAUAUGAAAAUAUCAAACGAUUAUAUCCUUUAGAUGUCCGUUGUAGACCAUGGUAUUUGAGCUCCAAUUCUUCUUCUUAUGUCUCAUUUAGUGAUCCUUAUAUUGAUUAUGAUACUAAUUCACUUAUUUCUACUGCAACAUUUAAAGUUGUAAAAUAAGACUAAAGUAAUAAUUUAUUUAACGAAGUUACUCUAUAAGGAAAUGAAAAGGCUGACGCAGUUCUAGGAUUAGAUUUCAACUUAUAAGAGCUUUAAUAAAGAUAUAAAUAACAAAAUAAUUCUACAACAGAAUAUUCAUAUAUUGUUUCUGCUGCAACAAAAAAUUUUGAUGAUUUCUAAGGUAACUACGAAUACACAGCUAUUACCCAUCCACUUAUAAAAGAUCAAAAAGCAAAAAUAUAUGAAUUAGAGUUCUAAAAUUCAGCAAAUAAAGAAGAAGAAAUUGAAUUAUAUUUAAACAAAACAUCUUUUAUGACAAACACAAAUAUAAGAUUAAAUAAUUGCACAAAUCAACUAAAUUCUAAUUCUUAAAAUCAUUACGAGUACAUAACUAAAAAUGGGUAAACAUUUCUAACACUUUUUUCUGCUAUAUAAAUAUGUUAUGGAAAUCUUUACGAGUAGAAAGUACUAACUGUAGGAUAUAUUGCUCGGUGCAUAGCAUAAACUGUUUAUGACAAAUAUAUCUCCCAAAUCACAUAAUCGAUAAAGAGAAUGAAUUAACUAUUUACUUACGUUGUAGUUAGUUCUUUUAGCUUUUUAUUUAUAUUGCUUUACUUCAUGCUAAAAUAACUUUUAAUGCAUAACUUUGAUAUUCCUAUUUCAAUUUUAAAUAAUUUCUUGUAGUCAGCUGAUUCUAAGGACAUUCACGAGCUAAAUUAGAUGAUACAAAAUGGAAAGUUCAAAACUUAAUAUGAGCUUUAAAAUAUUAUAACAGCAAUUAAUUAAAUAGUUAUUUCUGUUUAAAUAUAAGUUGAAAAAGAAAUGGAUUCUGACGAAAAUAUUGAAAAUUUGGAUAAAGUAAUCCAAUAGUAUGUGGAAGCAGCCAAAGUUUAUUUUCUUGUUGAUCAUAAAAUUGGAUAGAGUUUAUGUAUGAAUAAUUUAGGAUUUAUUCAUAUAUUGAAAAAAGAAUAUCCAAAAGCUUUAGUUUACUAAUAAAAAGCUAACAUUAUUUCAGAUGAAAUACUUUAGGAAUUCUUUAAGGAUCUAGAUAACUCUAAAAGCCUUCCUGAAAAAUAAAUGUUUUUGUGUAAAAAAUUUAAUUUAUUUAUGAAUUUGCAUGCUUGCAGGAAGUUUUAGUUAGCUUAAUUGAUUAUUAGAAAUAUUUCUUUAGGAUGUUAAGGAUAGGCAUUUUAAUAGUACUAUCAAAUUGCUCUUGAGGAAGAUAAAAAAGAGCUUUUGCAUGAUUUUAUGAUGAGUUUUAAUUAAAAUACAAAAAAUUCAGUAAGUUUAAGAAAAUAAACAUCUCUUUAAAAUGAUUUUUUUGAUAUGCUGUAAAAAAAUAACAAAUUUGAUAAUCCAGAUUAAUUAAAAUUAUAUCUUGAUAAAAAGCAAGAAAUUUACUAAAAAAUAAAUAAAUUAUCACAAAAAUAAUAAAAGAGUUAAAUAGAUAUAAAUUAAAUUAUCUCAGUGAAUGAUGAAAAUAUCUUAUCAGGGAAAUUUUAUGAAACAAAACAAAAUUUGGAAUUAAUUUAAUCUCCAUAAAUUAAUUCAAGAGAGAGUCUAGUUAAUUAUCGAAGUAGAAAAUUCUAUUUUUCGAAUAGAUUUUUUGAAAAAUAAAACUAUGCUUAAAAAGAAAAAGAUGAUACUAAAAUAAACGAACUAUUUUCAAAUGAAAAAAAUUUUAUUGCAUAGGCUCUAGAUAUCCUUUAUGAAAGUUUAUAAAUAUUUUAAUAAAUUAACACUUAGAGUUUUAAUAAAUAUAAAAGAUAUGAAAAUAAAGUUAUGAGCAUGCUUACAUUGAUCUUAAUUUGUAAAUGCCAUAUCAUUUUGUAAAAAAGAGAAGUUAUAAUUGAGGAAACACUUUAAGUUAUUUACAAUAUAUAUUAGAAUAUUAAAACUAAUGAUUUUAUCAGUCUUUAACACAAUUAAAUUCCUCUAAAUGUUGUAAUGGCAAAAUAUUACUUAAUUCUAGCUUAGAUUGAAUUAUCUAAAAAAAAUUAUAAAAAAUCUCUCAAAUAUAACUUAAAAGCGUUGAACUUUAAUAAAUUCCAUCCAAAUUAAUUUCUUUGCAUUUAAUAUUCAAAUUAGAUAAAGAGAUACUAUGAUCCUUUAGAUAGUCUUGAGGCUCUCUAAAACAUCUACUAAAUAAUUUAGGAAGCAAAUAUAAAGCUUAGCUCUUUUUAAUUAGAAACUUUGUAAAGCGAUAUUUAGAACCUUUAAUCAGCUGCCUAAAAUUACUGUGAGCUAGGAUUUUUUGAGGUUUUUUUCAAAUUAGAGAAGUGGGCAGAUACAAAAAUAAUUCCUUUGUGA